CCCGUAGGCACAAGUGCACAACUCGAAGUUUAAACCCCCACUUCGUGUAUGCUAUUCAGGCCACUAAACCCUUGAAAGUUGAAACCGAAGAAAGAGAGAAAGAAAGAGGAAGAGAAAUGAACAGAGUUGCGUCAUUUUUGCUGAAGAAAAACAAAGCUUUGAAUUCCAUCUUGUACAACAACGUCAAGGGAUCAUUAAUUAAUAGCAGUUGCAGAAAUUCCUCUAAUGAAGGCUUCAGAUUCUUCUCUACAUUAGGUUCUGCUGCUGCAAUCACCGCCAGAAAUGCACCUAUUUCUGCCUUCAGAUCAUUUCCCAAGGGUAUCCAUAGAUACUCAAUGAGGGGCAUGUGCACAGCGCCUUCAAUUCCCACUGGAAAAUCAGGAUUGAAACUAUUAGUGACUGCUGGGCCACGUGCUCAGAUGAUGGUUGGGAUAUGGCUAUUUGGUUCUGCAGCAUGGGUGUUUAGCAUGGUUAUCCUUGGUGGAAUAACUCGGCUUACUCGUUCUGGUCUUUCAAUGACUGAUUGGAAAUUUACCGGGAACCUUCCUCCUAUGACGGAGGAUGAGUGGGCACUUGAAUUUGAGAAAUACAAGCAAUCACCGGAGUACCAACGUAUAAACAAGGGGAUGAGUCUUGAAGAUUUUAUGUUCAUUUAUUGGAUGGAAUAUGCACAUCGUAUGUGGGGAAGGGCCCUUGGUAUCAUGUUUGCUUUGCCAUUUUCUUAUUUCCUACGUAAAGGGUUUAUUACUGUACGCCUCGGUGUAAGGCUUUCAGCUCUUUUUGCGCUUGGGGCUGGGCAAGGGCUCAUUGGCUGGUGGAUGGUUAAAAGUGGUCUUGAGGAACCUGAAUCUGAAUAUGCUGAGCCAAGGGUGAGUCCUUACCGGCUUGCAGCCCACCUUACUUCGGCUUUUGCUAUAUAUUGUGGUCUUCUUUGGACUGCUCUUUCUGUAGUGAUGCCUGAACCACCAGCCGAGUCAUUAGCCUGGGUUAACGGUGCAGCAAAGCUUAAGAGACUUGCCAUCCCUGUGAGUCUCCUUGUUGGUGUCACUGCAGUCUCAGGAGCAUUUGUUGCUGGAAAUGAUGCUGGCCGUGCAUAUAAUACCUUUCCUAAGAUGGGAGAUACUUGGAUUCCAGAUGAUGUUUUGAGUAUGAAGCCAAUUAUGCGAAAUUUCUUUGAAAAUACAUCUACAGUGCAGUUGGAUCAUCGUAUCUUAGCCACUGCAACACUGGCAUCAAUCUGUGGUUUGUGGUGGGCUGCAAGGAAGCUGGAUAUCCAUCCUGCUGUGAGAUCUUUAAUUGGCACUACUCUCGGAAUGGCCGGUCUACAGGUUACACUAGGGGUUUCAACUUUGUUGUCAUACGUUCCAGUUUCGCUUGGCACAGCUCAUCAGGCUGGAGCAUUAACACUUUUAACCCUGAUGGUCCUGCUUACUCAUAUUGUUCGCAAGCCAUCUCUAUCUCUUCUAAGAACACUGCCUUCAGUUGCAAAAACAACAUGAUUGCAUCAUCCCUCUUUUUCAGAAAUUGUGAGUAUUUAGUUAAACUUUCUUUAACAUUCAUUAUUGAGAAUGUUCAUGUUCUCGCAUAGUUUGGACUAGACUCUGGGACAAACAAUAUAAUAUGAAAUCCUCAAGUUUCAGAUGAUAGUGUUCAUCAUAAAUUGGAAACUUUGUACCAAUUCAUGUACAAAGAUAUGUAAUACCAGAUUAUUAGUGUUUAUCACUAAAUUGAAUUGAAGCAAAAAUACACCCCCAGUCCCUAUGGAUCCUCCCGGCCAA